UAGUUGCGAGUAUAAAUAUGAGGAUUUUAUUAUUACUGUCGCAUUUUAGAACAGCAAACGCAUUGUGAAGGUACUGAAGAAUAAUCAUCAUGACUGAAACUUUAGAAGUGACCACAGAAAGCAACCAGCAGUACAAGUUCUACCCAGUAGCAUCUGGUUCAAUUCGUUUUGAAGUGAAGACCUGGAAGGAUGCCCACCUGGUGCUCACAAGCGGCCCUAAAGAAACUGAUCCCAGAUACGAGAUCAUAAUAGGCGGAUGGGAAAACACCAAGAGUGUAAUAAGAAAGAAAGGAAAAAAUCCAGAUCAAAAGGAGAUUCAAACCCCCGGGAUCCUAACAGACAAGGAGUUCAGGCGUUUUUCUAUUCGUUGGGAUGGAAAUACGGUGCAAGUCCACCAAUAUACAGAAGGACAAUCGCAACCUAGGAAGUUAAUGGAGUUUAAAGACCCUGACCGCUUCCCCAUAACAUUCGUAGGGGUAGGCACAGGAUGGGGUGCUAGUGGUACUUGGAAAUUUGAAGAUGGGACUGAAGUCUUCACCCCGGACAGCAAGGAUAAGUUACAGUACAAGUAUGCGCCGGUUUCGACGGGGUACCUACAUUUCGUGUACCGUGGGCCCCAUAACGCCCACGUCUGCCUCACGAGCGGGCCCAGGGAGACAGACCCCAUGUACGAAAUCAAUUUCGGUGGAGAUGACAACAUGAAGUCGGCCAUUAGGUACCGUCGAAACGCGUCAGAUAAGGUGACGCUAUCGACCCCUGGACUGAUGGACCCCUCGACGGACAAGGAGUUUUUGAUCGACUGGUCAUACAACAGGGUGGUGGUCCGCGAGGUGCCGUCAUCAGGAAAUUCUCCUCCUUCAGAGCUGAUGGAAUGGGAGAGCACUGCGGCGUUCCCCAUCACGCACUUCGGGCUGCGGACAGGGGACGGCGCACGCGGCCAUUGGCGUGUCCGCUUUUACUGGACCGGCGACGCUUUCCUUAGACCUGGCAAGGGGAAUGCUUAGUUUCCAGAAGUUCAAAUGCCGUACAAACGAAGAUCAAGCUAAACUCCGUCUUAUAAAGUUGUAAUAGUGUAGAAUUUGCUACAAAAUUUAGUCUGAUAUGCUCGAGUAUACCUGUUAAGGCGGUUUUGAUUCAUUUUUAAUCAAAUAUACAAUAUUCACCUCUGAAUCACACUGAAACAGUCUUUCGAGCAAAAGAUACAGCAUUUUUCAAAAUAUUAAUGUGUAAUGUACUUAAUAAAGACUUUUACUAUAAAACUCGUGUAAAUGCACAGAAGAGAAGUUGAACAGAUUUUUUUUUAUCUCAAUUUGAUU